AUGGAAGGUAAUUCUUCUAAAAUAUUUAAUAAAACAUUUAAACCAUUUCUAAAAGAUAUCCCUAAUAUAGAAAUCAAAAACAUUACAACAAGAAAUUUUUCAAAACAUAUUAUUGACGAUUAUCAAGAAGUACUUGGGUAUGACCAAUCCUUUAGUCUUUCUUCAUUUAGUACAUAUCCCUGUUUUAAAAAUGUGAAACAAGGAGAACCAAAUUGUGAUUGUAUUGGAAUAGAACGAUUUACAAAUUGUACUGUUAUGGUCGUUGCAGAUGGAUGUGGGUGGGGUGUUACUUCUGCACGUGCCGCUCAUAUAGCUGUUGAAAGUGUUUUAUCUUAUAUGUUUAAUGAAAUUUCAAAAUGUGUUAGACUUCAUGAAAUUGCAAAUGCAUUAGUUGGUGCAACAUAUCAAGCACAUGAUCGGAUACAACAACACCAUACUAAAAUAUUACCUAAUGGUACAUGUACAUUACUAACUAUUAUUACUGUCACUUCUACUCAACCAUAUACUCUUAUUCUUUCUGUUGGUGAUUGUGAAGCAUUUAUAUAUAAAUCAGCUAUUGGUAGAACAUUUAGUGUUAAUAAAAAAUGGUGUCGUCCUAUUAAAUCAUCUCAAGAAUGUGGUGGAAGAAUUGGUAAUACUCCUAAUUUAUUACCAGAAUUAACAGGAUCAUAUUUAAAAAUUAUUGAUGUAGAAUUACAUGAUAUCAUUAUUGUUACAAGUGAUGGAUUUUCUGAUAACCUUCAUUUACAAAAAGAAAAUAUUUCUACUCAAGUUAUUCUUGACACUGUUAUUUCAUCUAGAAUUCAAUCAAGUGCAAAUCUGAAUGAAUUUGUAGUAUCUAUGGAUGAUUUCAUAAUUAAAGAAACUGAAGGUGCAAGAGAGUUUCAUUCACAGAAUCAAAAUCGAAUUAGAAAACAAGGACUAAAAGGUAAAUUAGAUCAUGCGACAAUUGGUGUUUAUUCUGUCUCUUCUUUUAAUAAUGAUAUUGGUCUUGUUGACUCAAUAUUUCCUGAUAUUCUUGCAUCUAUUUAUCCAUCAAACGUUAAUAGAACUACUCGUUCUCAUUCAUUUAGUGUAAAAGAUUUUGUUCCAACAACAGAGAUACCACUCCAAACUAAAUUCAAAUGUUCUUCUGUAGGAGAAAUACAGGAACCAAACGAUUCUAAACCAAUCAUUUGCCCUCAAGUCAAUGAACCUCCAUUUAGACCAAUACAAAUUUCUAAAUUACGCUGUGGAAGUCUUUCUAGAGAAAUUUCAUUUAUUCGUCGUUCUCCUUAUAGAGACAUUUCUCCUCAACCCUCUCUUCAAGCACAAGAAAGUCUUCCUUCUUCAUUACCAAGUUCUUUUUCAUUAUCUCCACAGAGUUCCUACAAGCCCGGUAAUGGGUUUAUCCAAUUCUUUCAAAAAGAUCACUAA